UUCUUCUUCUCGCCGUCUACUCGUAUAUUCAACUCUAGACCCUGAAUCUUUCAGACUGCGAACCGUGCCAUCGCCAGCUUCAUUCUACUAAAGCAAAGCCACCAUGUGUUCUGCCGACAUCUUCCUCGGUGUUCUCGCCAUUCUCUUCCCCCCGCUGCCUGUCUGGGUCAAGUGCGGCAUCUGUAGCGCCGACUCCCUCAUCAACAUCCUCCUCUGCAUCCUCGGCUUCAUCCCCGGCCUGCUCCACGCCUGGUACAUCAUCGCCAAGUACCCCGAGCCGCCGUACGAGUACGAGGCUAUUCCCAACGAGCAAGGCGGCGGCCGCGUCACAUACGUCUACGUCCAGUCGCCCCAUGGCCCUCACUGCCAGCAGCCCAAGCCCCAGGAGCAACAGGGCCGCAUGAACUACGGCACCACCUCUCAGCAACAGCCCAGCCCUUCUCCCCAGCCACAACAGCACGGGGUUGUAAAUUCUGGAGCGGGCAGCUCUGAUAACCAAGGCGUUCCCCCUUCGUACGCCGAGGUUGUUGCUGGCGACCACAAGAUCCAGACACGGGAUUAAAUGGGAAGACGCGAUUUGCCGCCACUAGCCUAUCAGGCUGUUAAAACAAUGCCGACAGAUACAGAUGCAGAUACAGAUGCAGAUACAGAUGCCAGGGCGGCGAUAUCAGUAAAUACCAUGCUGCAAACAAAGGUCGGGUGGAUGGAGAGUAGAGGGACGGCGUGGUGCCCUUUUAGCUGGUCUUUGUUUAGAUAACUUGGCCCUCUCUCACACAUUUUUUUUUUCUUUUCCUUUCCUUUCUUUUCCCAAUCUUCUUUCUUAUUGCGUACUGUUCAAAGCGUUGAUUUCACAAACAUGUCAUGAUUAGGUCAAAGGUUCUGCAUUGGUCUCUUACAU